UUGGUCUCAGGAGGGCAAGAUGAAUUUUGAGGCUCAGUCUUUUAAGUUGAGCAAUUUCCCUCUGGCUUUCAGUGAGCUGCUGGCCUUAGAAAUUGACAAACUUGACUCUCUCACUCUGGAGAAGAUAGAUGACACAUCCAAGAAAAAUCAGUCAUCUUAUAUCUGUGUUCUGGUUUCCCGUUACUCACUCCGAUCUCUGACAUUCUCUCAGAAUUACUAUAAAAGCUUCAACAGUGAAGAGCUUCCAGGCUGCUAUUCUGUAGAAAAGUUGAUACUUCAGAAGAACAAAAUGGAGCAAGUGGAUUCUUCACUUCUAUAUCAUUUGCCCCAUCUCCAGGUCUUAGACCUUUCUGGAAACCAGUUGUUUUGGAACCUUUGCUCACUAAUGCCUGACAGAAAGAACUUCAUCUCCAAGUUGAGGAUAUUGGAUUUCUCUGCUAACAGACUUAAUUCUCUCCAAUCAGAUGCCUUCACAUGUCUGCCAUACUUAGAGGAGCUCUCACUCAAUGACUGUGGCUUUAAGAAGAUUCCAAUAUCAGCUUUAUAUAAUCUCCAGCAACUUAAAAUUUUAAAUCUGAGAAACAACCAAUUGCAUAGUCUAGCAAAUACCACUUUCCACUACCUGUCAAACCUGGUUUCUUUGGACUUACGUGGCAACCCCAUUAAGUAUUUUCCCAGAAAUUCUUUCCGUGGCUUAGAUUUAUUAAGAGAACUGUACGUAGGAUCUUAUGAUAUAGCACCAAAUAUUUAUUUUUCAGUGCCAAAUGUGACGAUUUUAGUACUAGAAUCUAAAGAUCUCAUUGACUUCAAAAAGCCAACUGCUGCAGAAUUUGCUUCAGUGCAGAACUUGUCACUAAGUGGUUUCUAUAUUUUGGAACAAGACCAGAAUCAUUCAUUUUUUCCCAGUGCCCAGAUGCUCCACUGGGAACAAGCUUAUUAUGCAUUUACUUUCCUUCAGCCUCUCCAAUACCAUUUCCCACAACUUGAACAGCUCAUCUAUAAGUAUGACUUCAAUUAUUAUUUACCCAAAGAAUUUAACUUGUCACAUCUGUCUAAGCUGCGCGUGCUUGAGGUGCACAACUUACCUGAACAUUCUGUCAGUUCUUCCUCGAUGGAGAUGCAAUACUCCUUCAUGGACCUGCCCCACUUGCAGGUCCUUAAGCUGGUGAAUUCCAACAUCAGGUACAUUUCAGCUGAAUUCUUCAGAAGGAACAGUAAACUCAAGCUUUUGGUUCUGGAAAAAGAGGAGUUCUUGGCACUUGACAGUGAUAUUCAGGAUCAAAAUGCAGACCAAAUGCCUCUUCAGUACUUGCAUUUCUCCAACACCACCUUCAGAUGUGAUUGCUCCAGUGCUUGGCUCAUUAGCUGGGCAGCUAGGAAAAAGGGGGUUUUCGUAUCUGGGCUAGAGCAAGCAGAGUGUCUUGAUGUCCAGUUGAGAGUGAAAAGGUUCAGAUUUGUGUCCUUCCUAGAGCAGAACUGUAGCCAGGACACUGGCCUCGUUCUUUUCACGACCACCUGUUUGUUCCUUUUCCUCUGCAUUGCCUUGCCCAUUCUGAAUGCCACUUGUGGCUUGGAGUUUCUUUUCCUGUGUUAUAUGCUGCGAGCCUGCUGUCAUGGUUGGUGGAAGGGCAAAAGAAAAAGGAAAUUUGAAUAUGAUGCUUUUGUAUCUUACAGCAGUCUGGACCAAGAAUGGGUGUUACAGGAACUGGUGCCCAACCUGGAACAAACAAACCCGCCCUUCCUGAAACUCUGUUUGCACAAGCGAGACUUUAUGGUGGGCAAAGCUAUUGUGGAUAAUAUUACAGAAAGUCUUUAUAACAGCCACAAGGCCAUCUUUGUGAUCAGCUGUCAUGCCUUGGCCAGCUAUUGGUGCUCUCUUGAGAUGAGUCUGGCCACAUACCGUCUUUUGGCUGAACAAGAGGACACAAUGAUCCUGCUGUUUAUGGAGCAUGUACCCAGAUACCAGCUCUCAGCCUAUCAUCGUCUGGCCAAACUGGUAAAGAAGAAGGCUUACCUAGCCUGGCCUAAAGAUCCAGAGGCCCAAAUUAUCUUUUGGAAGAGGUUGAGGGACCAUCUCCAGCAACAUGGUGAUAGUGUUUAAGUAUUUAAGUAUUUUAUGUUCUGAGACCCUGGUAUGAUUUUGUUUAAACUGAAUAGCUUGAUUGUAUAUAUUUAUUCAUUAGAUUUUUGUUCCAUCUUUCCUUCAGGAGCUUAAGGCAGCAUUCAUGGCAUUCCCUCCUCCAAUUUUUCCUUCACAACAAUCUUUUGAAAUAGGUUGGGCUAAAAAAGUCAUCCAGUGAAAUUUCAUGGCUGAGAUGAUCCUGAGACACCUGGGCCUAAUCCAACAUUCUAGCCAGUGCACCACAGUGAUUCUGUUAUUAACAUUCCUUUGCCAAUUGUAGGACUCUGGCCAGCUGAGGCCCUAAUUCACUGUAAUUAUGUGACAAAUCCAUGGAAACAGGUUACUUCAGUAGUGUGUGAGAGAGAUUCUUUAUUACAGCAAUGACCAGUCCAUAAAACACAUUGCACACAAAAAACUAAUUUAAGUACUGUAGUUAAUUAGAUAAGCAUAUCAAAGGCCAUCAUUUUUCCUAUUCUCUGCAAAGGAAUGGAUCUGUUGCUCUACUUGCUUUAGGAGGAGGGCAGAAAAUAUAUGGAAAUUAGCUAAACGUAUACUGUGUGUUAAUUUCAUAUACUACAUCCUAUUCCUAAGGCCCCUAAACCACACAUUAUUUGUUUGGGCCUAUGUUUUGUUUGUGUUUGUUGUGCCACUAAGACAGUCUUGCCUCCUGGUAACUACCUGGACAAUUCCAUGCAGUUUUCUUGGCAACAUUUUCAGAAGUGGUUUGCCCUUGCCUCCUUCCUAGGGCUGAGAGAGAGUGACUGGCCCAAGGUCACCCAGCUGGCUUUGUGCCUAAAAUAGAAUUAGAAUUUACAAUCUCCCAGUUUCUAGCCUGGUACCUUUAACUACUACACUAAGCUGGCUUUCAUGUGGGCAUGUGUUACAUGCAUGUUAUUUUCUUUGAAAAUCAAAUAUCUAGUGCACAAAGCAUGCUAAGCAAUGAUUCAGACUCUUGAAUUUGAUGUAGCAUAUUGUGUGAAUCCAAACAUUGUUGGCUGUUAACCGUGGUUCAUGGAUUAGUGUGCUAUGCAAUCUCAGAAAAUUGCUAUUUGUUUAAUAAACCAUAGUUGAACUCUACCACUGUGUAUGAACUUUAUUAAAUUAUAGCAUCUAGAAACACUUCACAACCUU